AUAGAGCUUUCAAGAUGUCGAGUUGGAAAGAUUUUUUGAUGCGACUGUUUACAUGAAACUUUGGUAGGCGCUAGCUCUGAUCUCCGCUAACACUAUCAGCUUCUCUUAGAAAAGUUAUCUCUAACUUGUGUUGGAUCAGCGGUUUGGUGUAAACUAAUUUCUCGUCAAAUUUAAGGAUGGGUCAGACUCUCUCAGAACCUGUCACUACUAAAGAUACUUCCUCUUGUUCAAACAAAUUGUACAAAGUUGGUUCUUCCUGCAUGCAGGGAUGGAGAAUAAACAUGGAGGAUUCCCAUACAGAGAUUUUAUCUCUAAAAGAGGACAAAGGCACAGCUUUUUUUGGAGUUUAUGAUGGGCAUGGAGGUGCACGGGUAGCGCAGUAUUGUGGGAGAAGCAUUCACACAAAAAUUACAUCUCAUCCUUCCUGGGCAAAGGGAAAUAUUGGUGAAGCAAUAAAAGGAGGCUUCUUAGCUUGUGAUACUGACAUGCAGAAAGAUGAUCAGAUGAAGGAUGAAAUGGCUGGAACAACUGCCAUAGUCAUAAUCCUCAAAAAUAACAAGAUUUAUUGUGGAAAUGUUGGAGACUCUAGAGCCAUUGCAUCAAAAAAGGGAGCAGUGGAACAACUUUCCUUUGAUCAUAAGCCAAGCAAUGAUGAUGAAACAAGAAGAAUCAUAGCUGCUGGGGGCUGGGUGGAGUUUAACAGAGUUAAUGGCAACUUAGCAUUGUCAAGAGCACUUGGAGAUUUUUGCUUCAAGAGGAAUGACAAGAAAUCACCAGAGGAGCAGAUUGUAACAGCUCUGCCUGAUGUGAUACAGAAAGAAAUUACACCGGAUCAUGAAUUUAUUGUCUUAGCUUGUGAUGGUAUCUGGGAUGUUCUGUCCAAUCAAGAAGUAAUCGAUUUUGUAAGAAUUAGGAUAGCUCAAAAAAUGGAACCUGAACAGAUUUGUGAAGAGCUUCUUACGAGAUGCCUUGCCCCAGAUUGUCAGAUGGGAGGCCUUGGCUGCGACAACAUGACAGUGAUUAUCGUUUGUUUAUUACAAGGAGGAACAUACGAAGACCUCUGCCUAAAAUGUUCAAGACCGAGUGACUCUAGUUCUGCUUAUAACGGCAACUCGGCGCCAUUUUAUUCUUGACAUUAAUGUCGGCAUGGGUUCACUGUUUCUGUUGGAGAUAUGAGCAAGUUUGCGGUGGAGGAUAAGGGCAUGUUUUAUAGAAGUUAGAGGUUGACGAGGUUAAGAUUAAAGCAGUGAAAGUAUUUAGUUGGACUACGGCAAAGCACAAAAGGAGAGAGCGAGAUGUCAAACGUUGUGUGACAUGUCAAAGGAGUUGUGUGCUCUUCGUGGACUUUGCUGCAGCAGAGUGAUUGUACAAUGAUGGAUUUUAACCCUUGAAUGUUUCCUUUUUCCUUUUCUUUUUUGUGUUGUAUUUUUCUAUUUUUAAGGGAGUCAAUUUGCCAAAGUAAAUAGUGGCUUAUCGUAGAAAACCUGGCCCUCCAUUGAAGGUAUGAUCGUCGUGGAUUCGGUUGCAUUUCAAACCAGACUGUGGAUCACGUGGCGGAAGGGAGCCAUUCCUAUUCUGGAGGGAUGGUUCGAAAUGGAAUUACCAGCAUCUUUCGUUCAAAUGGACGGCACAAAGUUGCGUCCGUUUUUCCACAAACUAAAGGGUACUCAUCAAUGAAGGAUCAAGUGCCAGCGAACUGACACUCUUCCUGAAGUAAGGAGAACACUCCGGGAUAAGCGACGGCUUGAGUGUCACUCUGCACCCUCAAAGUUAAGCGCUGAAAAUCAAGCAUUAAGUUAUCAGCGCUGGUAUUUAAUUUAACGUGCGAUAGUCAUUAGGAAAGAGUCAUACGAGUUCAUCCUGAUAGUAUGAGGGUGAUAGUUUUGUGGUUUGAAUAGGGAAGAAAAAAAAUUUUGUCGAAAUAUUUUUGUGAUAAAUUAGUCAGGUGCCACACGUUAUUAAUUCGUGGUCGCUAUUCAACAGAUUCAAUGUCCAUUUAAAAUGUUGGCCAACUGGCGUCGUCUUUUUUCUCGAAGAACUUUGUUACUCCUCUCAAUUACAGUUUCCGUUUAUGCAGCCAAGAUAGCUCGGGAAGUCGGGAUCAGAGUCGGAGCGCUUCGGGCUUGAACCGAGUGGUGCUAUCGAGCCUUGGCACGGACCACUGGGCCGGGAUGAUGUUACAAAGAACGCGUCGUUUCGUGAAUUGAGACUAACAUUCUUUAGUGAUUUACGGAUGUGAUUUUUUAUAUGCGCGCUAUUUUAACUGAACUUGGUUUUCAGUCGCGGUUAUUUAAGGGGAGGGCUGGGGUGUAGAUAAUUUUUUUUUUUUAACGAGAAACCGUUUUUCUUUAAGUUUAGCGUGGUAGUUUAAAGUUUUUUUUUUUUUUUUAGUAUUGAUGGUCUCUUUCGCAAACUUUAUUUGAAGUGUCGCAAAACACUUCUAACAGAGGAAGUUUUGCGUGAUUUCAGGUCAAUGACUGCGUGACAGACUUUUCGCCGAAUGUGUUGGGCUUGUAUGGUAACGCAAGCUGGAUGUAAAUAAGUAGUAAAUCAAUUUUUCUACAAAAGCGUUGAUUUGAUUUGAUUAUUGUACGUUUAUGUUGGGUUG